AUGAAAAAUAUUAUUAAUUUAGUUAUUUUUUCAGGUUAUUGGCCUAUUGCUGGUAACUUUGGUUUAAAUACAAACCUUUUAGAAACUAAUUUAAUUAAUUUAAGUGUGGUGGUUGGCUUAUUAGUUUACUUUGGAAAGGGAGUGUUAAAUAAUUUAUUAAGUAAUCGUAAACAGACCAUUUUAAGUACAAUUAAGGAUGCAGAAGAACGGUAUAAUGAAGCAACUGAUAAACUUAACCAAGCUCGAGAGCGAUUAGAACGAGCAAAAGUAAAAGCAGAUGAAAUUCGUGUAAACGGUCUUUCACAAAUAGAGAGAGAAAAAAAAGAAUUAAUAAAUGCUGCUGAUGAAGAUUCCAAACGAUUAGAAGAUUCAAAAAAUGCUACUAUUCGUUUUGAAGAACAGAGAGCUAUUGAACAAGUUCGACAACAAGUUUCUCGUCUUGCAUUAGAAAGAGCUUUAGAAGCUUUAAAUAAGCGUUUAAAUAGCGAAUUACAUUCACGCGUAAUUGAUUAUCAUAUUGGCCUACUUAGAGCCAUGGAAAGCACAAGUGAUUAG